GGCGGGGGGCAUUCCCAGCAGAGAAACGGCCUGAGCAAAGGCCCAGAGGGGUGGAGGUUGUUGGAUUAGAGCAGGUAAAAGAAGACAUGGCCAGAAUAGUGUGGGGUGGGCCAGGUCAUCCAGUGGCUUCCUGAGGACUGGGGCUCAGCAGGGAGAUACCCAGACCAGGAAGGGCUUGAAUGGAGGUACCUGUGAGGAGGAUGGAUUCCUGCAGCUGUGGGGGGUGGGGGUGGGGGGCCUGAACUAUAGUAUGGAGGUGGUGGCCCUAGCCAGAGAGGAGGACUGGGGACAGGUGGGUCCAUAACCACACCUGCCUUCCCCUGACUGUGAUCAGGACAGUAGUUUGGAGUAUAUGGUGUGAGCCUGUUUCCUGACUCUGGUCUGGGCGCCUAGGCUUCUGCAGCCUUCAUUCCACGUCCUGUCACCUCCUGCUCAAAAGCCGGUCCAAGCUCCUCGACCCACGCUGGGACCCACCGACAGCACAGUCCCCCUGGGCAGGUCUAGCACACUCAAGGCUGCCUGCAUUGCCCACACCCCCGCGUUCCCUGGCGCUCCAUCUACCACCCCCUCUCGCCCUGUCGGAGUUCCCCGGGCCCAGGCCAGAUUGCCCGCCCCCCACCCCCACCCCCACGAGACCUCAGUCAUUCCCACAGCCAUCCCGGGGGCCCUCUCCACGGAGCGUCGCCGGGGCCCCAGCGGUCGCUAGGCUGCGGGCUGGAGCUCCCGGCCAGGCCCAGCGCCGGUGGCGGUGGCGGCUGCGGCACGGAUGGCGGUGGAACCCGGGCGCCCGUGGGCUCAGGCCCGCAGUGUGUACGGCGCGAGCGAGGCGCUGCGACGGGCCGCUGGCCGCCGACGGGACAACGGGCCGCAGCCCAACGGGCCAGGCCCUGAAGAAGCCCGCGCCCCGGGCCGCCUGGCUCGCCUGCGGGGCCAGAUCCGGGCCGAGGCGGCGGCGCGGGCCGACGCACCCAGGCUGCUGCAGCUGGUGGAGCGGGCAGGGGCUGCGGCGGGGGAGGCGCGGGCGUCGGGGGCAGGGGAGCGAGCGGACGCGCGCAGCAGCGGCUCGGUGUGCUCUGUGUGCGGGGAGCCGCGCGGCGGGGCCACCUACCCGGCGGGCGUCCUGGAGGUGAGCGAGCGGCGGCUUCAGGAGGGCCUGGCGGCAGUGCGCGCGGAGCUGGGCGCGGGGCUCGAGGCGCUGCGCGCGGAGCUGCGUGCCGAGCUGGACGCCCUGCGCGCACUGCUGCCGCCCCCGCCGCGGUCCGCCCGCCGGGAGCCCCGCGCAGCCCCCCGCGCCGCGCCCCGCGGCCCGACCCUGCUGCGAGCGCUGGGCACCAUGAACGCCCUGGCCACGGUCGCGAGGCACGCCGACGACGCACCGGACGGCCCUGCCGACGGCAGCGCGAACCGGGCCCUGGCCUGGAAGAACUUCAAGAAGACGCCGCUGCCGCCAGGGGCCCCGCAGGGCGGCGGGGAUUGAGGGCUGCCCUGCCGAGGGUAGCCGCGACCAGGUGCAGGAAGUGCCCUCCUCCUAUCUAUUUAUAUGGACAGAUACACCACCCUUGUAGAUGGAGAAGGGUCCUCAGAAGCCGCCUGCUAGCGCUCCAGCGUUAGGGUGUGGGUGGCGGGACGCGCCAAAGCUGAGGACUGUCGAGGGUCACGUCUGGGGAGUGCGGAGAGCCUCCGCGCAGCCAGUGAUCUUCGCUGGAGACUGAGUCGGGGGCUGGAAGAGGGGUGGAUACCUUUCUGGUCUUAGAGCUGCAGAAGGGUCUGGGCCAGGGAUGUGGCAGCCUCCCAGAGAGCCUCCGGGAGAGCCCAAGGGUCUUUCUCAGGGGAGGGUGUUACAGGUUUUUGUUUGUAUUUGUUUUGUAUUAAGGGUCUUGGGCUGGAGGCUGGGCCUCCAGACACUGAUAUAGUGUGUGACCCACACACUACUCAAUAGAUGUUAGGGACAUGUGGGCUGCUGGGACAUUGUUACCUGGACACAGACUCACCCAGGGCAAUGCCGCCUGGAUAUACAACCGCAGUCUGCAGGGCAUCAACUGGACCACAGCUAGUCCCUGGCCAGCUUCACUCUGCUGACAGACCCAAACUCUUACUGGACAACAUUGCCUGGGCACAGUGGCAUCUAGUCAAUGUUCUUGGGACUCUUAGCUUCGUUAUGGACAGUGACACCAAGGACACUUAACCUUUCACUUAGCCUCACCACAGGCAGACACCUGGACACCACUGUCUCUCCAGAAAGUGUCACCCUACACUCAGGUUCCAUAGCCUAACUUCCCAGUGUCACCGGGGAGUGGUUUCACCUUGCACAGAGAGCCCUUCACUAGCUGUCCUUGUCACCAGGACCUACCCCACCUAGCACAGCCUGCAGCAGAGCCUGGAACCGGUAGCUUCUCACCUCCUGGCUUCGGAAACGUCAGUUGAAGUCAUCAUUUAAUAGCGCACAGUGUCCUGGGGUCA